AUGAAGUCUCCCAGAGAAAGUGUCUCUUUUAUCGCGCCGCUGAGUGUCCGGGUAGCUCAAGCGAGCUCGCCAGCGUCCGGGCGCUGGGAGCGUCCGCGGCUGCUGGGGAAGGGUGCUCCGCUGGUGCCGCUGCGACGUCGUCCACAGGCCCGGGUACACGCGGCGCUGCGCUUACGUUGCGUCGAAGGCACCGAUUCCUUGAAAGGCAUUCAGGUCGACUGUGAGCAGAAGAUGGAGAAGACUAUCGUCUCGCUCCGGAAUAACCUGGCAGCGAUUCGAACGAGUCGUGCCUCGCCUGCCUUACUGAACCGCAUCCAGGUCAAGUACUACGGGGUUGACACACCGCUGCUCCAACUAGCGAGUAUAUCGACGCCGUCUAGUACCGCCCUCCAGAUUGAACCAUACGACAAGUCGUGUCUAGGGGACAUUGAGCGUACCAUUGCGGAAAGUGACCUAGGACUGACUCCAUCCAACGACGGCAACGUGAUACGACUGAACGUGCCACCGCUUACCGAAGAGCGACGAAAGCAGCUCGUCAAGGCUGCCAAGGAAAUGGCAGAGGAAAGCCGCGUUGCCUUGCGCAAUAUCCGUCGCACCGGCGUGGAUGCGGUGAAAAAGCUCGAGAAAGGGAGCGAAAUCAGCAAGGAUUUGAGCGCUGACGCCCAGGAUGAGCUCACGAAAAUGAUCAAGCGAUUUGAGGCAAAAGUCGAUGAAAUCAUGCGCGCCAAAGAAAAAGAUAUCAUGACCGUGUAG